AGCUCUUUUCUCUCGAAUUCUAGACGGUCGUAUUCCUGGUUUUAGUCUGGCAGCACCUUGCUCCUAGUGUCCUUGGAAAUAGCUGUCCUCCCUGGAUUAAGGGGUUUACUGUAGAAACGACAGCAAAAAAAAAAAAAAAAAAAAAAAAAACAUCCUGGAUCUAAUGCACCACUAUUAUUUGGAUUUAUUUACAGCUACCUAUGGGGAAGUGUGUACAAAGUAAAUGAACGGAUAACUUAAUGAGUCGUAACUGAGGCGCAUACUGCUGGAACUUUGCAACCUGCUGCUUGCUUUUUGUCGGCGUGCGUAGUCUACAGUGUUGCGGGGGGAUCUCUCGCCGGGUUACUUUUGUAAUCCACCUCUUUGCAUGGAUGCAUCAUGGCUACUUUAGUUUGCAGGGUUCAGUUUUUAGAUGAUACCGAUCCUUUUAACAGCACUAAUUUCCCUGAACCAACGAGACCACCUUUAUAUACAUUCAGGGAAGAUAUUCCUCUCAUCAACCAGAUUGCUGGAGUCCACAGGCUACUCAAAGCACCUCAUAAGCUUGAUGACUGUACUCUGCAGCUGUCUCACAAUGGAACCUAUUUGGAUCUGGAGUCUACACUGGAUGAACAGAAGGAUGAGCUGGAAGGCUUUCAACAGGAAACUGGGAGGGGUAAGAAGCACAGUAUAGUGCUGAGGACGCAGCUCUCUGUAAGGGUCCAUGCCUGUAUCGAAAAACUCUACAACUCCAAUGGACGGGAGCUGAGGAGGGCCUUGUUUUCCCUGAAGCAGAUUUUUCAGGACGAUAAGGAUUUGGUCCAUGAAUUUGUUGUGGCUGAAGGGCUGACAUGUUUGAUAAAGGUGGGAGCAGAAGCUGACCAGAACUACCAGAAUUACAUCCUCAGAGCACUUGGGCAGAUCAUGCUGUAUGUGGAUGGGAUGAAUGGGGUCAUAGGUCACAACGAAACUAUCCAGUGGCUCUACACACUCAUAGGGUCAAAGUUCCGGCUGGUGGUGAAGACGGCUCUGAAACUGCUGCUGGUGUUCGUGGAGUACACAGAGUCCAAUACACAACUCCUCAUUGAGGCUGUCAGUACCGUCGACAACAAGAGAGGAACCAAAAUAUGGUCAAACGCAAUGGAGAUUUUGGAUGAAAAGGACGGGGUGGACACAGAGCUGCUUGUUUAUGCCAUGACAUUAGUAAACAAGACACUAGCAGGGCUGUCAGAUCAGGAUUCCUUCUAUGAUGUGGUGGACAGUCUGGAAGAGCAAGGCAUUGAAGUUAUUGCACAGAGACACUUGAAUAAGAAAGGAACUGACCUGGACCUUGUAGAACAGUUUAAUAUGUAUGAGAUGACACUGAGGCACGAGGAUGGUGAUGAUGACAGCCAGCCCCCUCCAGCAGGUCGCAAGGACCGCAGAAGAGCGAGUUUGGGAGGGGCCAACGAACGACACGGGCUGGAGCGCAGGAGGAGCCGCAGGCAUUCCAUCCAGAACACCAAGGGGCCAACCUCCUCCCCCGUCAGCCCCAAUGGCUUCAUGUCCUACAAUGGUCAGAGGAUUGAGGAUCUCAGUGAAAAUCGAAGGCCAGAGAGCUAUCUGGCCUUCCAGGGUGACGACCAGCCUGAGACUGACAGCGUGUUUGAGGCUGAGUUUGCACCAUGGCCAAUAGAGGAAGAGGAAGAACAACCAAUCACAGAGCCCAAUACUGAGGAUGAGGGUGAGGAAGAGCCCUCUAGACAGGUCAAACACAGUUUGGUUUCACAGUCUCCAGGGAUAGACAACGUAGAACAAGCCAAUAGCAUUUGCUCUCCUAAAUAUGUAGCCAACUUCAUACCAACUUCUAAAGAAGAUAGGCCUCUCAACAACCCUACAGCAAAGAACUCUCGGACCUCCUCACCCAGGGCAACAGGCUCCACCGACCCUCCCAACUCCUCUCACCUGUCUGUGUCACCACCACCCUCCGUGCUUUCCUCAUUGUUAGCCAAUCGAAAGUUGCUGACAACCACUUCCAGAACUGGUUCCCAGGGUUCUUCAGCCAACAUCACCCCGGCUGCGUCUCCAACUGUGGAGAAACUGCCCUACCUCCCUCAUUCUCCCUUCCAUCUUUUCUCUUACGACUUUGAUGAACCUCCUCCCUCUACAGUCAAGGAAACAGAGGCUGAAGCAAUGAGGUCCAACAGUCAAGCAGAUGCUACCUACUCAAGCAAAUAUUCAGAUCCCAAUGAUCCCUAUUAUUCCAGGUACUCCUCCAGCAGAUACAACAGCUAUGGCAGCAGCAGCCCUUACACCAGCAGCAGGACCUACUCCACACUGAGUGCCCCCACGACACCCACCUCCCACUAUGGAACAUCUGUGUCACCCUCCCCGGACUCCAAAACAGACAGACCGGUGCUGGGCGGGCUGCUCACUUCCUCUUACCGACAGCACCAGGAGUCCCUAGCGGCUGAGCGAGAGAGAAGGCGACAGGAGAGAGAGGAGAGGUUACUGCGGAUAGAGCGGGAAGAGAGGAACAAAUUCAAUCGGGACUAUAUGGACAAGAGGGAGGAGCAGAAACAUGCCAGAGAGGAGAGGUACAAGAAUGUGGAAAGGUUAGCAGCAAAGGAGUACGAAAAGGAAAGGAGCCGCACAGUGCCAAGGGGGUGGAGCGAGCUGACCCUCAGCCCCCACACUGCGUCCACCUCGCCUGUCCUCAGGUGUGUCACCCCCUCCUUGACUGAGUCCCAGGAGGAGCCAGAGACACCGUCCACUCCCUAUGAAUCCCCCAAGCAGACAGAAGUAAUUAUCAGUGAACCAGAGCCUGAACCAGAUCUCAAACUCAAAACUCGAAUUGAAACGGCACAGGAACCAUUGACAGAACUUGAAACAGAACUCGAAGCAGAGCCGACACCUGAACUGGAAUUGCAACAAGAGGCUGAACAGGAAGCAGAGGCCCAAAAGGAGGAGGUAGAAUCUCAGGACGUGGAGGGACCAGAGCUAGAAGCGGAGCAGGGACCAGAACGGGAGCCAGAGGACAACACUCUCCUCAGCGAGAAGGAGAGGCAGAAUGAGGAAGUGAACGAGAAGGACAACUGUUCAGCCUCCAGCAUCUCCUCUGCCAGCAGCACUUUAGAGAGAGAGGAGAGAGAGGACAAGCUAACCAGCGACAAUGAGACUGGUCCAUGGGCACAAUGCAUUAAGGAUGUGGAUGUGAACGAGCAGUGCAGCAAAAUCCUCAAUAGUAAGCUGUUCAUGUUGGACAUGUUGUAUGCCCAGAACAAGAAGUCACAGGAUGAGGAGGAGGAAGAAGAAGAAAAGAAAGAACAGGUGGAGGACAAGGAGAAAGAGGAAAGUGAAGAGUCAGUGGCCAGCCUAGCCAGCAGGAUCUCCAUCCUGCAAGCCAACAAGCAGGCCAACGAGGAGAACACCAAGAAGGACAUGGAGCACCUGGAAAACCAAGGCAGUGUCAAGGCCUUCGCCGAGAAGUUCAACAACGGGGAGCUGGUCAAGAGCCUGGCCCCCUCUGAGAGCGCGGUCAGCGAGAAGCAGCCAGAGAAACCACCAGCACCUCCCAAGAAGGAGUCAGAUUACAUUUGGGAUCAACUCAUGGCCAGUCCUCGGGAGCUAAAGAUCAAAGACAUGGACUUCACAGACUUGGGGGAUGAAGACGACCAAGAUAUUUUGGAUAUGGACAGCAUUGUGGGCUCUGGGGAGCAGAUCCUUCCUCCCCCUCCCCCUCUACCAUCUUAUAUGGCCUUACCGCCCCCACCCCCUCUUUUUGGCUGCCCACCACCGCCACCUAUCCCUGGCGUCAUGGCGCCACCUCCCCCGCCCUUCAUUGUCUCCCAGCACAUCGGUUCUCCGCAGCUGCUGCAGGGUGAGCCCUCCUUCCAGAAAAAGAAAAAGACCAUUCGGCUGUUUUGGAAUGAGGUUCGUCCUAUGGACUGGCAGUAUAAAACGCAUAAACGCUGUAAAGACUCUCUGUGGUCUAAGCUGGAGCCCAUCAAGUUGGACACCUCCAGGCUGGAGCACCUCUUUGAAACCAAGUCUAAGGAACUGCCAGUCACUAAGAAAACCGCCACUGACGGGAAGCGACAAGAAAUCAUUGUUCUUGACUCAAAAAGAAGCAAUGCCAUUAACAUCGGUAUGACAGUGUUACCCCCUCCAAGGACAAUCAAGACCGCUAUUCUCAACUUUGAUGAAUAUGCCUUAAAUAAAGAAGGGAUUGAGAAAAUUUUAACCAUGAUCCCAACGGUAGAGGAGAAACAGAAGAUCCAGGAAGCCCAGCUGGCCAGCCCAGACAUUCCCCUGGGCAGCGCUGAACAAUUCCUGCUCACCCUGUCUUCCAUCAGUGAGCUCUCUGCCAGGCUCCAGCUCUGGGCCUUCAAAAUGGACUACGAAUUAACAGAGAAGGAAGUAGCUGAACCCCUCCAAGACUUGAAAGAAGGGAUGGACCAGCUAGAAAAUAAUAAGACACUAAGGCACAUCUUAUCUACUUUACUUACAAUCGGUAACUUUCUAAAUGCAUCAAAUGCCAAAGGGUUUGAGCUGAGCUACCUUGAGAAAGUUCCAGAGGUGAAGGACACUGUGCACAAGCAGUCUCUCCUGCAUCACACCUGCACAAUCGUGGUGGAGAAGGUCCCAGACAGCACAGACCUCUACUCAGAGAUCGGGGCCAUCACCAGGUCAGCCAAGGUGGACUUUGAACAGCUUCAGGACAACUUGUGUCAAAUGGAGCGGAGGUGCAAAGCAUCCUGGGAUCACCUGAAGGUCAUAGCAAAACAUGAAAUGAAGCCAGCUCUGAAGCAGAAAAUGUCUGAGUUCCUGAAGGACUGCGCAGAGAGGAUCAUCAUUUUAAAGAUCGUGCACAGGAGGAUAAUCAAUAGAUUCCAUGCAUUUCUCCUGUUCAUGGGCCAUCCUUCCUAUGCGAUCCGAGAGGUGAACAUUAACAAGUUCUGCAAGAUCAUCAGCGAGUUUGCCCUGGAGUACCGCACCACCCGCGAGAGAGUGCUGCAGCAGAAACAGAAACGGGCCAACCACCGGGAGAGGAACAAGACCAGGGGCAAAAUGAUCACAGAUACUGAUGAUGAAGAUGACGACGAGUCAGGAAAGUUCUCCAGUAACACAGCCAGCAGUCCGAGCCAGCCCCAGGGCCUGGAGUACGCAGAGGACGCAGCAGAACAUGAGAGCAUGAAGGCCGUGCUGAAGACUAGCCUGCAGAGUGGGGAGAGCAGCACCUCCAUGGUGCCGGGUCUCCGAACCCGAACCCGAGCCAACCGAGGCCGUGUCGGGUCCUGGAAUCCUGUGAACGACGACUCCCCCAACGCUACAGACGACGCGGCGGACGAGAUCAUGGACCGCAUCGUGAAGUCCGCCACUCAAGUGCCAAGCCAACGAGCCGUGCCAAGGGAGAGGAAGAGGUCAAGAGCAAACAGGAAGUCAUUGAGAAGAACAUUAAAGAGUGGCUUGACGCCAGAAGAGGCCAAAGCCCUGGGACUUAUUAGCACCUCUGAAAUGCAGGUGUGAAGAGAUUUUUAGAGGCUGAGUCCAGAAACACAUCCAGCACCUGGGUCAACCAACGCCAUGGCAACUCCAUCCAGCUGGCUGCUCUUCAGCGCUCCUGACACCCAGUCGUCUUUGAGCUCAUUUACUGUACAACUCAUAUUAAGAAAUACAAAAUAAUAAAGAGCUAAUGAAAAGGUUGUUACAGCUCAGCACUAAAAAUGUUGACAGUUACAGAAAUCAGGAUUGCUCUUGAGUAUUUUAUAGGUUAAAACAUAUUGCUUUUCUUGAUUAAACUGAUUUGGCUAUUAGAAAGUCCCCUGUUGAGUUCAUUGUUCAUGUAUGAGUUGUGUUUAUGUUGGCUUUACUUGUGGCCUGCUCUUGUAGCUGUAACAUGCACUUUGUCAGUAUAAAGAACAGCCAUCAGAGGGCAAGCAUACCUUGCCUCUGUUAGGAUACAGUCUACAGCUUUUAUAGGUUACUAUUUGCAGCAUGAUGCAAGUGUUGUCUGACAAUAUACAGCACAGUGUAUACAAUAACAUUCAAUGUUAACAUUUUUUGUCAUACUACACAAAGAUGAGCAUUUAGUUGUGAGCAAGUGUUUGGGACAAACUAACCUGAGUACAUGUGACAAGUGCAUUUGAGUAAGGAGAAUUUUUUUGUGUAACUAAGGUCAGCAGUUGGCAAUACUUUAUUAGUGUGGUUGCAAAGUAAUUAAAAGCCCACUCUGACAGCAACAUACCAGCGUACUUUCAGAGUUUUAUUACACUGUAUUUAUAUGUGUUGACAAGGAGUCUUUUUAGCCAUAGAUGUGGCAAACCACAGCAUUGAGGAUGUGUGAGGGACGUUGCCAAACAGAUUAGACAAGAGGUGAAAAUAGAUGUGAAAGAGAGGCAUGUGCAGGUAGAUGAUCAUAGAAAGAGACCAACAUUUUUUAAAAUAUAUAUUUUACAAGUUAUAAGCAGUGAAAUUAGACAAAAAUAAUACAAUAGCUAAUUAAGGUUUUAAGCAAAGCAACCAGUCUCAAAGUAAGACCAGUGUGACAAACACGUUAUAACUUAUAUUUACAUUAUCACUGUGGCUUGACAGACACUCCCUUGGGAACAAGGAGGGAGUAUCGGGUGAAAAGAAUGUUGUCAACCUGUUGCCACUGGCAACCUCAAAAUAUGCUUUGGACACUUUUUUUGUAGUGCUGUUUCCUAAAUAGCGAGUGGAAAAUUAGGCAUUAGGUAUAGCUAAAAGGAGAAGGUAGAAAAUGUGGAGAGAGAACAGGGGAUAUGCAGUAUUGGUAUGCCAUACCUUGAGGAUUGCUGGGAUGUAGUUUCAACACACCUUGGUGUUGGAGGAGCUGUGGACAGCAGGGAAUUUGAAGGCAGAGAGCAGUCAACUGUUAUUGUUUUAGAAGUGAACAAGGCAACAGGGCAUAAAUAAAUGUGAAGGAUAUAGUUAGUUUUAUACUGAAAGUAGGGGUCAGUCAUAGAAUUGUUGAUCACAUUCUUGUCAUUAUCCCAUUUUGUAACACCGACCGAAAAAUAAAACGUUAUAAGGGAAUGCUAUAUAACAGGAAAGUAAUCCUUGGAAUGUAACAGUAUAGAUACAGGUGGCCUGAUUCUGUGAAGGGUCUAAUUUUACACAUACAUUUAUUCAUUUUUGUUUGGUAUGGCAGAGUACAAAGUUCAAAAAUCAGUCUGAGAAACAUUUCCAUAAACUUCUAUAAUCAUUUAUUUAUUCAUGGUUUUUGGUAUACAUAGGACACUGGCAUUGCUGAAGAUGUAUGGCAUCUUACUACAGACUAUAAACACACAGAAGUAUGUAUACUAUAUAUCUAGGUCUAUAUAUAGCAUACAUUGAAGAAGAUGGUAGACUGCAGAGCAGAAGGUUCUUUACACUGGCAAUACAGCAUUGGUUGAUGUACAGCUUGUAGUUGUAACAGUGUGUAAGGAAAAUUCCUUUUAAAGUUCCUCAUCCACUUUUCAAAACUGUGUUUGGAGCGUUUUUUUGUUUGUGUGUGUGUUUUUUUUUUUUUUUUUUAAGGAUUAAUUGUUAUACUUAUAACAUUGUCACCUUGACAUUGCUACAUUGCUGCACUUUUUCUACCAGACAGUAUAGCUUGCAAAUUGGUUGAAGUACCCUUUGAAGGGUCAUCAGUUUUGCAAAGCCACAUGGUUCGACCUCACGUGAUGCUUUAAAUAACUGUGGUAAACACAAAACAAUGGGAGAAUGUUAGUUUGUUUUAGUGGGUAAGGCAGGAGGUGUAUAACUCAUGCUACAAAUGGGAUACUAGCGUGUGCACACUGCUCAGAAAGAGGUUUCCUUGGAGGCCACUUCAAAAUCCCCAAAAUAUAGGAGACAGGCUUUGAGCGUGGGUGACUACAGUAAGUGUUUUAGUUCUAGAAUGCUUUGAGAGCACCCAUUGUGUUUUGUGACAUUUGUUCUCAUUGUUCUUCACACCGAAUGUUCCAUAACAAAUGUGGAAGACCACAUUUCAAUUAAUUAAAGCAGAACAUUUUAAACAGAACAAAUGUUUCAGUUUAGUCCUUUCUGAAAGAUGUUUCUGUAACUAUUCAUCAUUAUUUAGGAAAAAUGUGUAUGCAAUCUGAUAUGUAUUAUCAAGUUGGGCAGCUGGGGUUUUCUGUAGCACUUCAAACACUAAAUACUUAAAGUCUGUAGGAAAUUAGACUGUCUUCCCUAGGUCAGUCAGAAUCUUUGCAUCUCCACUUGCAAAAGUUGAUGCACAUAGAAUAAAUGAUGCCUCCAAGUCUUCAUUUGUCUUUUAUGAUGCUUUACAAGAUAAUGCCUUAUGACGUGGCAUUUCACAUUUACAUUUACUGUAUAGCGCUGUAAUGAUCAGGGAAUCAAAAACAGUAUAAUCAUCAAAAAAAUCCAAAGGAAAAAAUUAAGGACACAGAAUGUUCAUCAAACUUACAAUUAAGUGUAUUGUAUUGCACACAAAGGCAUCACCACCAAUAUAUUGCAAAUGCCCUUAUAAAUCCCACCACCAGCAGACAGCACAUACGAGAACUAAUUAAUGUUGACUUCUUCCUUAUGUAACUAAAUAACACAUCUUAGUUAGUAAGUAGUUACUAUGUAAUUUACAUUUUAAAUAAUUAGGUUAUUAAUAGCGAUGCAAUAGAAAUAAUCCACUGCAUUGUCGUUACUGUGUAAUUCACCUGAUGUAAAAUAGGCUGCUAUAUUUGUCUUAUCUUCAACUAAAGCAAGGCCCUUAAGGCCAGGACGCUUUAAGUUCAACACUGAAAAACACAUAUUGGUAUAUACCAGCACCUUUUAUUCCAUUUGUAGCAUGAGAUGUAUUCAGAAUUUAUUUCCUCUUAUGAACUAAAAACCAAAAAAAAACAUGUAAAGAUAGAAUGGAAAAGUAUUUAGAUACGAAAGCUGAAGGACAAAUGCUGUAAAAUUGUGUAAAUGUCACUAUCCAUAUUGUUUUUGUGUAGAAUAGUGUAAGAUAGGCUAAACUGCAGUGUUAUUCUGUGAAUUGUAAUUUAAGAGAAAAAUAAGCCAUGCAUGGUCAAAAAAGAUAUUAUCUAUGAUGUGUUGCUUAUUCUAGAUAAGGGAGUUUCAUAUGUGUUCAAUAUAAUGUUGAUGAAAUUGCUUUUUCUCUUUUAUGUUUCUCCGUUUAUAAACUUGAAUUAUGGUUGUAGAAUGAUUUAUUCAAUCCAUCCACCUUGAACUCGUAUAAAACUCUUAGGAAGCCUUUUUUUUCACUGAAUAGCGUUGCAAAUAAUUAUACAAUUUUCUCAUCUACAGAACUUGUGCUCAUACUCUCCUCUCUCUUCAGUGCCAUGUUGUUUCAAAGUGGUGAAUGGACAACAUCCCUCUAAUUAGAAAGUGGAUUCUAUCAGUUUUAGGCUCAUCUGAACCGCACUAUGUAAACACAUAUUGCAAUAAAGCUUUAUGAAACAA